UGAUAAUCCUGAUAUCAGCUGAUAUCUUCAAAAAGGAUUAAUCUUUGAUAUCUUAAAGGAGUAUCAGAGAACUGUUAAAUGUUACUUUGAUUAUCCAUAAAUUCCUUGUUUAGUAAGUUUUUAUGAAUUAGAAAUAUUGAAGUUGAUUAUGGCAGGAUCAGCGUUAAGGCGUCUUAUGGCGGAGUAUAAGCAAUUAACUUUGAAUCCUCCCGAAGGCAUUAUAGCUGGUCCAAUAAAUGAAGAGAAUUUUUUUGAGUGGGAAGCUCUCAUAACUGGUCCUGAAGGAACAUGCUUCGAAGGUGGUGUUUUUCCUGCUAAAUUGGUUUUUCCUCCAGAUUAUCCAUUGAGCCCACCCAAAAUGCAAUUCACAUGUGAAAUGUUUCAUCCCAACAUAUACUCCGAUGGCAGAGUUUGUAUUUCAAUAUUACACGCCCCAGGCGAUGAUCCCAUGGGAUAUGAGUCAAGCGCUGAACGAUGGUCACCAGUUCAAAGUGUAGAGAAAAUUCUCCUAUCAGUUGUCAGUAUGCUAGCUGAACCCAAUGAUGAAAGUGGGGCCAAUGUUGAUGCUGCAAAAAUGUGGAGGGAAAAUAGGGAAGAAUUCAACAGAAUAGCAGAGAAUCUUGUUAGAAGAACUUUGGGCAUUUCAACGUAAAUGAGAAUCUCAUUGGAUGAUAAUGAUUUUGUUAUACUUGGAGGCACGAUAAAGCAUUUAUAUCUAUCCUUCGAACAAUUAAAAUCUUGCUACAGUUAAGGAUAAAAAUGGUUAAAACAAUAAUAAUUUGUCAAGUUGAGAGAUUUAUGAUCCCUCAAAGGAGAAAACAAUUUUUUAUGGAAGGAUUCUUCACUGACAAUUUUUUAUAAACAAUUAACUUGUGGUUGCUAUUAUAAACUUUCUGUAGCA